AUGGAGUACCAGCACGCCCCAGCGUCUAUCCGUGUACGUCCACCGCGACCGGAAAAACGUCUCCUGCCUUUUGUGAGCGCUGCUGGCGCCUUGACGCAACGUGUCUCGGGUAGUGCGUGGCCGUGUCGACCGGCUACCCGACGGCCGCCUCCGAAGCGACGAAACACCCGCUGCUGGGUUCUGUGCAACGCGCAACAGCGGCGAAUAAUUGUACCCGGAAAGUUUGAUGCUCUUCACAUUGGGCAUCGAGAGCUUGUUUUACGGGCAGCGAGCUACGGAAAACCGGUCAUUCUCACGUUCUCAGGCAUGGCGGAAGUGCUAGGCCGCAGGGCGCAGUUGCCGAUUGUGGCACGAACCCACAUGGAGCACAUAAUUCGAAACUGGUUCGCAUUCCCCGGCCGAGACGCAGAUCGUCCUUUGCUGAACAGUCCUCUGAAACCCAUAGUACAGGACGCAGACGCGUUCGAGGUUGUGGUCGUGCCGUUCGCCGAGAUUCGCCACCUCUCGCCCGAGGACUUUAUUGUACAGUUCUUGUACAGGGAGCUGGGCGCUGGCGGCAUUGUAUGCGGCUGGGAUUGGCGCUUUGGUUAUCGGGCGGCUGGCGAUGUCGCGCUGUUGAAGAGCCUUUCGGCAGCGCUUGGACGAGAGAGCCCCAGCGGCUGGGUCUUUGAAACAGUACCACCAGUGCUCUCUCACGGUGACAGGGUUUCGUCGUCUACAGUACGCCGCCUCCUCGCCGCGGGCCGUAUUCACCAAACCACGCGCAUGCUCGAUCGAUUCCACGCUUGUACAGCACGAUGCACAGUGCUUCGCAACAGCACCGAGUUUCUGGAACUGUGUGUGGAUUCGUGGGAAAACCAGCCACCAGCACCGUCUCGUCUUUACGAGUGUCGUGUUGAACUCCGCGUACGUUGUAACGAAUCCACCAUCGCAAAAGACGUGUCUUGGAAACGUCUCAAUGCCUAUGUGUGGAUCGAGUCAAGCGAGCGAUCCGAGAGCGCAAGCGUACACGGCAUCGCGGGUGCACCACUGCCGCUGCCGCUGCCACUGCCACGCCUCAUCCAACUCUGGACCUGUGAUCGAAUGGAUGUACCGGUGAAUGAAUUCGGGGUAUCGGUAACCAGCGACCGAGGUCGCGAACUCGGGGUGCUGGAACGAGCUCUCUGCAAUGCAUCCGCGGUGGAUGUGACACUCGAAUUUCGUUCCGUUGUCACUGCAUCAACGCCGGUGCUCGUGAACCGUUCGCCUCUGACGCGUUACACGUAG